AUGCUGGCCAGUCACAACCUGCUGCAGAAUUUCACCGCCGGCGUUCCCGAGCACCACUGCCGCCCUCGGUUCCCGGUCAAUGCCAGCACCGGGGACGUCCCACUCCUCGUCUCCAUCCCCUCCGACGGUCACCGCCGUCCCCAGCGGUGUCGCCGUUACGUAGAACCCCAGUGGCACCUCUUGGAAGUCAACGGUACGGUCAACGGUACGGUCAACGGAGCGGCCACCGAACCUUGCCGUGAUGGUUGGACCUACCACGACGGCGUUUUUGCUCAUACCAUCGUUACCGAGUGGGACCUGGUGUGCGAGUCCAAGCGGUUGAGGCAGGUGGCCCAAUCCAUCUACAUGGCCGGGAUCCUCCUGGGCUCCGGACUCUUCGGGGUCCUCUCCGACAAGUGCGUGGUCACCCCGGAGCUGUACUGGGAUGGACUGGGAGGGGAACUGGGAGGAGAGGAAGGGGAGGG